GUUAUUCAUGAUCAGAUCUUUUACUCUGCUUAUCUGUUUGGCAUGGUGCUUAUGUUAUGGGAAGAGGGAUUAUUCUAUGGUGCUGUUUGUAGAGGUGAUAACACUGAUAGAAUCCAAUCAUUGCUGGUCCCCCAGUACCUGGAAACUCCUGGGAGGACUCAGGUACAGAAAGUCCAGAGACAGCAAGUAAAACCCUUCAUGACCCUUGACCACAAGAUUGUCAACCAGACUUUUAAACAGUCCUACCCUCCAACGCAAAGAAGUGUGCUUGUGGUACAGCCUGGACACUCACCUCCCAAGAGUGACACUGUCCUGGCUGGAGAUCCACUCACCAAAUUGCUAACUUUUGGGAAAGAAGAUGACAAUGUGGAAUGGCAUAUGGAAGAUGCUAUUGAGGAUAUAAGCAGUAUGGAAUCAAGUUUUAAAGAGGAAGGAACAGACUCUCCUCUGCUAAUGCAAAGAAGAUUAUCUGGCAGUAUUUUGGAUGUUUAUAGUAGUGAGCAGGGAAUUUCAUCAGUUAAUAUGGGUCUUACAAAUGCUUCCUGUCCAAGGAGUCUAUCAGUGAAAAGAGAAAUUACAGCUUGCUUUAUGAAUUUUAUGAUGGACUUACAUUUAACUUUCACAAAAACUGACACUCCAGCUUUAGCAAAAGAGAGACAGAAAAAGGACAACCACAACCUCAUUGAAAGAAGAAGAAGGUAUAAUAUUAAUUACCGAAUCAACGAGCUUGGUACUCUUAUUCCAAAGUCUAAUGAUCCUGAUAUGCGCUGGAACAAAGGAACCAUUCUAAAAGCAUCAGUGGAGUACAUCAAGUGGCUACAAAAAGAACAACAGAGAGCUCAAGAAUUAGAACACAGACAGAAGAAAUUAGAGCAAGCUAACAGGCGGCUUCUACUCCGGAUUCAGGAACUAGAAAUACAGGCUCGUGCUAAUGGUCUUCCAACCCUGGUUUCACUGGACCGAGUUGAUUUAGGUGCUCAUGUCACCAAAGAACAGACUCAUCUUGAGCAGAAUUCAGUAGACUAUUGCCAACAACUGACUCUGUCUCAGGGAACAAGCCCCAAACUCUGGGAUCAAGCUAUGGCUUUCUCUGAUCCUUUGUCACACUUCACAGAUUUAUCAUUCAGUGCUGCUUUGAAAGAGGAACAAACAUUGGAUGAUAUGCUACUGGAUGACACAAUAUGUCAUUUAGGAACAGAUCCUCUGCUAUCUGCCACUUCCUCUGUAGUUUCCAAAGAGAGUAGUAGAAGAAGCAGUUUUAGCUCAGAUGAUGGUGAUGAGUUAUAAAAAAUAAACACAGUCUACUCAUCAACUAGGAAACAAUUCUAUUCUGGUGCUGUGCAUUUAUAUCUGUGUUUCAUGUAUUGCUUUGGCUUCAUUUUUUUAAAACAAUAUAUUAUUCAUGAAAAAGUGGUGGAUUAAAAACAACAGUAGAAUAAAUUCACAGGAAGAGGAAAUAUGGUAUUGAGGAAUUACUGAAGGCUAAAACAUAUUAUUCUUCUCUGACUAUAGAACCUAAAUCUACUUAAAUUUUGUUUUCUGGAAAGAGGUACAACAUAAGAAAUAGCUAUUUACUGGAUGUAUUAUUGUAACAGACUGCAAAGGGUAAACCUCUGAAAUAUACAAACAUUUUCUUAGUUAUUCACUUCCAACUCCUUACUAUUCAACUCUUAAAAUGGUUUACAAGAAUCUUGAUCAAUAGAUUUGGAAGUUCAUUUCCUUUCUCUACUGCCUGGUGAACAUGUUGUUUAAAGUUCAACCUUCUAAUAAAAAUAAUUAUAAAGAUAAAUAAUCUGUCAGUUCAUAAUUGAAAAGUGAAUCCAUAAUAAACAUUAAAAGAUUUCAAAAUAAAUCUGGUUCCUAAAAUUCAUAAAAACUGGUUUCUAAAAUUGUAUCCUAAUUUUGCUAGUCUGUUUAAUUACAUGCAUUGUAAAAGUUUCUUUGCAUAUUUAUGGAAAUAUGCCUUGUUCAGAAUAACCUUUCUCAAGAAUAUGGAUUAGAAUUUUAUGACUUCACACAGAUAUACCUCCAUACACUUGCAUAUAAUACAGGUAAUAUAUUUUUUCUUUCACUCUUCUGAUUUUCUAUUUUUCAUUAGAAAUCACAUUUUAAAUUUAUUUUUUUAAUCAAGAAGAGAUUUGGGGUAAUCAUUCAGCAAAUGAACUAUUUUUUAAAAAAUCCUGCUACUAUGACAGUUUGUCAGGUAUCUAAAAUUUAUCACUAUGUCCAAUAUUGAAUGUAAAAUACUUAGUUGUUGAUAUGGUCUUACUUCAGAUUGACAAAAUGUUGAGAAUUACAUUGCCAAGUGACAAAAUAAUUUGUGAAACAGAGCUCUUAUUAUAUCCAGCUGUGAAUUAAAGUUCUGUUCUCAUAAGUACUUAGAGUACUCUAUUGAUUUUUGUUGCUAGUAUUUAUUAAGAAUAUUUAUGUUUAUAAUGCUUUACUCAAAUUUUUCUCUCUUGAACUUAUUUUAGGAAUGAGAAUUUACUUACCAGAUAUAUUGCUCUGUACUAGACCUUCAUAAAUGGUAAUCUGAUCAAUGUGUAUUUAUUGAGGGAUACUCAAAACUGCAGUGUCCUGUGAAAAUAUACAACAGAUAAGCAGGAUGGUAUGGUCUUUCUCUUCAGGGAGUUAUCAAGAUCACAUGAAAAAGAACAAAAAUUAUAAACAAUAUAUAGAAUUCAAGCCUACAUGGAUCAGCAUAGGGUACAGAUACAGACAGAGAAAAUGAAAAUGAAUAAAGUCAGGAGAAUCACAAAAAUCUAUGUGAAGAACAGAAUUUAACUAAUUUGGAAGCAUAAAUUGAGUGAAAGGGAGGGAAGAUAGAGCAAAAAUAUCUGAAUGAUAAAAAUGAAAAUAAAUAAGUAUCUUAAUGUAACAUUAUUAGAAAUAGAACAUUCAUCUGGCCACCUUAAAAGAUGCCUGUUAGGGAGUUCUGAAAGGUAACAUUGGCAACAGGUUGUGAAAGCCCUUGAAAACUAGAAUAAAAAUGACAUAGUGGAAAUAGAUUUUUUAAUUAGGAAGAAAUCUAAAAAAUAAAAUAUUUCUGUAAAUUAUUGAUGUGAUUGAAAUGCAAUAUUUCAUGCAUAUUAACUUGUUGAUAAACUUUCAUAGUUUUUGGUAUUACAUGGAAAAUACACCAUCACAAAAUUUGAGAUAAAUGAUGAAAGAGGGAAAAUAUUACAUUCUUAUGGUAUAAUAAUUAUCUCUAGCUUAGCUUACAGCAUUACCUCAGAGUUUAGAUAAUCAAUUUUCAUCAUUUAACAUGGAAAAAUAAUUUUUAAUUUAUAGGAGUAGUCAUUAAAGACAGAUAGAUGAUUUAUGGCAUGUAAAAGAGAGCAAUGAGAUAUACUUUUAACUUUAUGAUAAAAUUCUACUUUACUAUCUGAGUUGAUAAUUUAAUAUUGUAAAUCAUAGAGAAACAAUAUGUUUCUCAGUCCAUGGGAAACAUAUCAUUCUGGAUAGAAUCCCACUUUUGCUCUCAUAUUAUCAAUAAUUCUCUUUAUAGUUUGAGAUGAGUUAUACUGAUGAUAUCAUUCCUUCAUCAUCAUUUUCUAUCCAAAAUACUACUACCCAGUCCUGAAACCCAAUUUUUAUUAUCAUAGCUAAUUGUAAGAACUUGACACAGGAUAUAUUUUCAGUCUGGACCAAAGAGAUCUGGAAAAAGAACGAAUAUUUUUUUUUUUUUUUGCUAUUCUCAGAUUAUAAUAACAAUUAGGGGGUUGUAAAAUGGAUAAUGGAUUUUGAAAGGCAGAGUAAAGAGUGGCACUGUGUCACAAAUAGACCCUCUCCCCAGAAAAACAUAAAAUUGUAUAUACAAUCAAGAAUUUGCAUGCACCAAGAGGUUUUAAGGACCCCUUGAAUGUGUCCUUGGAUCCCAGGUGUGGAAUCCCUGCAUCAAGUCUGAUACUUCCAUAUAUUGCAUUGUAGCUAUACAAUUGUAGUUGUAUUCAUCAAGAGUUAAGUGCAUAGUUAAUACUGUAUAUAAUGAUGGAAGAGGGAGCCCUUGUUAUCUGAAUAUCAUUAUCCCAACACCAAUAGUGAUGAGGUUUCAUAGGAAAUUGAAAGUGUACCAAAUAUUAGACAAUCUACUGAGGGAGUUGUUCAGUUAUAAAAUAGUCCCCUUUCAAACACCCCAUUAUAUAUGUAUGACUCCUGCUAUAUAUUUGUUAAAUAUUUAUGGGUCAGUUUCUCUAUGGCUACUAAAUUUGUAAGCAUCUGACAGUAAAAAUUUGAAUGAUACAAAUAAAUAACAGAGUAAAAACAUGUAAAUCCAAAAGCAAAAUUAUUUGAGUAAAUAAAAAUCAUGAGUGAUCCUUGGCAAAAUUCAUUGUCUAGAAUAUUUUUGCAGAAAUUAGACAUAUUAAGAUGGAGAGAGUUAUACUGUUUAUCAAACAAUUUUGUCAAGAAAAAGCACUAACUAUUACUGGACUAUUGACACACUAUUAACCAAGCCUGUUCAUUCAAAUAAUUAAUGCAUAAUUGCAAUGAUAAUAAAGACUUUGUGAAAAAUAA